GGUGUUAUAGCGCCUGCUAUUUCAUCGCUUUCAUAAUAAUCUUCCCAACCAAAGUACCUCCGUUUUUCAAAUCUCCGAAUCGAACAUCGUAGUUCGUUCUUUUUCGAAUUUUCGUCAAAUCGAGUUUUGUCAAUUUAGUCUUUUUUUUCUACCUAAUCUCGCGUGAUUUUUCAAGGUUCGACCGGAUCGAAAGUGGGCUAAACCCAGAAAAUGGCUCCUCCGACGUACGGUGAUUUGGGAAAGAAUGCCCGUGAUGUUUUUGGAAAAGGUUAUCACUUUGGUCUCUUGAAACUCGAUGUCAAGACCAAAACUGACUCGGGAGUUGAAUUCUCCAGCGGCGGUGUAUCGAAUCAGGACACCGGCAUGGUAGUUGGCACUCUUGAAACUAAAUACAAGAUCAAAGAGUAUGGUUUGACCUUUGCCGAAAAGUGGAACACUGACAAUCUUCUUGGCACAGACAUCACCAUUGCCGAUAAACUCCUUCAGGGUCUCAGCAUCGGUUACAGCUGUACUUUCUCCCCUCAGACUGGGAGCAAGACCGGCAAGCUAAAGACCACCUACAAACACGAAAACGUAUCUGCCACUGCCGAUUUUGAUCUGAGCUUGAACGCCGGUCCUUUGAUCAACGCAACUGGUGUAGUCGGUUAUCAAGGAUGGUUGGCUGGUUAUCAGGCCAGUUUUGACUCUCAGAGAAAUAAAAUCACCAAAAACAAUUUGGCUCUUGGUUUUACUGCCUCUGACUUUGCUCUUCACACUGCUGUUGACAAUGGUCGUGAAUUCAGUGGUUCGAUCUAUCAUAAGGUUAAACCAGGACUUGAGGGAGCUAUCAAUUUAGCAUGGAACUCCAGCAACAACGUGACGCAGUUCGCUCUCGGAUCUAAGUAUGAUCUUGAUCAGGAUGCGUGCUUGAGGGCCAAAGUCAACUCUCAACUCCAAAUUGGUUUGGGAUAUCAGCAGAAGCUUCGUGAUGGAGUAACUCUGAGUCUUUCAACCAACAUCGACGGCAAGAACUUUGGUUCAGGAGGUCACAAGAUUGGUUUUGCUCUAGACCUUGAGGCUUAAAAAAGCACGAAAUACAGCGAGGAGACAUAGAUGGAGGGAGAGAGAGAGAGAGAAAGAACGAAGGGAGUCGAAAGUGAAGAAUUUUCAUGAAUACACAAGAAACUCUGUCCCAUUGAACGUCUGUAAAAAAAAUAGUAGAGUCCGAUAUCGACGACGAAAAAUAAAGAGAGAGGGAGAGAGAAAGAAAGACAGAGAGAAAACGGACGUAUGUUUUUCGAGUAUUAAUCUCUGCUGAAAAUGGUAAAAACGAAGGAAAAAACAUGAUCGGAUUAUAGACAGUUGUACCCGUAAAAAAAUCGAUAAUAGAGACGGGUGCCUCGCAUGAGCGACAGAAAAACGCUGGAUUGAAAAAAUUGACGAAAGGACGAAAUCCCUAUGAAAAACAAUAGCGGAUUGGUUCGAAGAAUAUUAUGACAUUCGUAGAGAAAAAAAAGCCCUUGCGUUUGAAAGACAACUGAUCUGUAUUAAUCAUGUGUACGUUAAUUAUUCCAUCGAUUGUCGAGCGUUAAUUGCAACUGAGCUUUAUAGCUGUAUAUAGGACGAUUACACGUUAUUGAUAUAUAAGAAAAAAACAAAGAGCUGAUGAGAACGCGAUCAAUAAAGACGACAUAGUAACUUGAAUGAGAAAAAAUAUCGUAACGCCUACCAUUAUUGGCAAAGGUGAACAACAUCCUCUGCGUGUGAUUAGAGACAUAAAAAUCUAAUGUCAUUCUGUUUUCGAAUAAUCGCUACUGUUACUCGUUCCUAGCUGGAGCAUGGCAAAAUAAAAUCGUAUCAAAUUUCAAAUUA